GAGGAGCGAGCGAGGGAAGGCAGGCAGGCAGGCGGGAAGGCAGGCGCGCGGAGGAGCCUCGCCGCCGCCUGCAGCCUGGUCGUUCCCGGCCGGCGUCCGGGCAAGGCGAGGGCGGGCGGGCGCGGCGGGGGCAUGGAGAGCCUGCUGGAGAACCCGGUGCGCGCCGUGCUCUACCUGAAGGAGCUGACGGCCAUCGUGCAGAACCAGCAGAGCCUCAUCCACACGCAGCGCCGGCGCAUCGACGAGCUGGAGCGGCGCCUGGACGAGCUGAGCCACGAGAACCGCAGCCUCCGCCAGCAGUACGCCCUCCCGGAGCCCGCCCAGCAGCAGCAGCAGCAGCCGCCCCACGGACCCCCCGCCGCCCCGCCGCCGCCGCCGCCGCCUCCCCAGCAGGAGCCGCUUCAGCACCCCCAACAGCUCCCAGCGCCCCAGCCGCCGCCGCCGCCUCCCAGCAAGCCACCUCAAGCGGGCCCCAGCGGCAGCAGCGGCAGCCGGCCGGCUCACCAGCACCCCCCUCUCGCCCCCCACCAGCACCCCCCCGAGAAGGACGGCAGGGAAAAGAGCUGCUGCCUGGCCCUCCUCCAGCACAAGCCCCCCCAGGCCAUCGCCAAAGGCGUCUUGAGCCGCAGACCCGAGAAUGAGACUGUUUUACACCAGUUUUGCUGUCCAGUGGCUGAUGCAGAGCAGAAGCCAUCAUCCUCGGAUUCUUCUCCAAGUGACGAUCCCAGCGGUUCAGCCAGCAAGAAACCUGGGUGUGACGUGGAGGACCCGAAGGAGGCCGGCAGACACAGUGGCCAGGAAGGCAGGUCCGACAUCUUGAAGUUAAAAGCCCAGCAUGCGGAGCUGCAGGAAGCGCAGGUGGAUCAGGCAGCGGGGUGCUCCCCUUUGGGGCAGAAGGCCAGUCUCCACCACACGGGUUCCCCCGUGAGAGGGCAGCGCAGCAAAGGGGCAGCCACAUGUUCUCAUGCAGCUGCCUCCGAUUAUGAGCUCUCCCUUGACUUAAAGAAUAAACAGGUUGAAAUGCUAGAGCACAAGUAUGGGGGCCAUCUGGUCUCUCGGAGGGCAGCCUGCACCAUCCAGACGGCCUUCCGCCAGUACCAGCUCAGCAAAAACUUUGAGAAGAUACGGAACUCGCUCCUGGAAAGCCGCAUGCCUCGGCGAAUUUCACUGAGGAAAGUCCGAGUCCAGAACUCUGAAAGUUUUUCUGCUGAGAAAGCCCUGGUCGAAGGAUACAAUUUUGUUGGCAUCCCUUUAGUGAGAUCCCCAUCUUUGCCAGCCACAAUCAGUGGGGCGCUGACUGAACUCGAGGACUCUUUCACCGAGCAAGUCCAGUCUUUGGCCAAAUCUAUUGACGAUGCCCUCAGCACAUGGAGCCUGAAGACAAUGUGUUCCCUUCAAGAUGGCAGCUCCUACCAGAUAAGAGAAACAUUUAGUACUAGUGCAAUGCAGCCAAACCUGGACUUAGAAGCUGAACUGAAGGACCAACAGAAGGAGGAAGGCUUGCUGCCAGAUACACUCCCCAAGAGCAGCAGCACCCUUAUGAUGGCCUUCCGUGAUGUCACUGUCCAGAUAGAUAACAAGAACAUCUCUGUCUCCUCGUCUACCUCGGUGUCUAUGGCAAACUGCCUUGGUAACAACACCCAAGCCGGGAUUUCUCCAUCUGCCAAAAUCGAAGAAAUCCCAAUGGAAGGAGGGAAAGAGGGCAAAGAACCUCCAGCUGCCCCAGAAAGGCAGUCUGAAUCCGCAGUCCUCCAGAACAGCCAUACUGUAGCUGAGGUGAAUGUCAAUACCAACGGCUUGGGGGAAGGGGAGAUGGAGACAGAGCAAAUGGUGAUGCAGAAGCUCCAGUUUGACUCAAACAAUGAGACAGGGCAGAGCAAGGGAUCAGAGGCGGAAAACGUAGACAAUUCAGAGCAGCUCAGCAGUAGCAGCACCUCCACCUCAGCCAAGUCUGCCUCUGAGUUGUCCUCAAAGGAAGCCCUACAGGCCAUGAUCCUGAGCCUUCCACGGUACCACUGUGAGAACCCAGCCAGCUGCAAAUCUCCUACUCUUUCCACAGAUACCAUGAGGAAACGGCUGUACCGCAUUGGACUAAACCUCUUUAACAUAAAUCCAGACAAGGGGAUCCAGUUUCUUAUCUCUCGGGGCUUCAUCCCAGACACGCCCAUCGGAGUGGCACACUUCCUGCUCCAGCGCAAGGGACUCAGCCGCCAGAUGAUCGGGGAGUUCCUAGGGAAUAGCAAGAAGCAAUUUAAUCGAGACGUCUUAGACUGUGUGGUGGAUGAGAUGGACUUCUCUGGCAUGGAGCUUGAUGAAGCUUUGCGGAAAUUUCAGGCGCACAUCCGAGUUCAGGGAGAGGCCCAGAAGGUGGAAAGGCUAAUUGAGGCUUUCAGUCAACGGUACUGUAUGUGUAACCCGGAUGUGGUCCAACAGUUCCAUAACCCAGACACCAUUUUCAUCCUGGCCUUUGCCAUCAUCCUUCUCAACACAGAUAUGUACAGCCCUAACAUCAAACCUGACAGGAAGAUGAUGCUGGAGGAUUUUAUUCGAAACUUGAGAGGAGUGGAUGAUGGAGCUGAUAUCCCCCGGGACCUGGUGGUUGGUAUUUAUGAAAGGAUCCAGCAGAGAGAACUCAAAUCCAAUGAGGAUCAUGUGACCUAUGUUACCAAAGUGGAAAAAUCAAUUGUUGGAAUGAAAACGGUCCUGUCAGUGCCACACCGCCGAUUGGUUUGUUGCAGCCGCCUUUAUGAAGUGACAGACGUGAACAAAGUGCAGAAGCAAGCGGCCCACCAGAGGGAGGUCUUCCUCUUUAAUGAUUUGCUGGUGAUUCUUAAGCUUUGCCCCAAGAAGAAAAGCUCUUCCACCUACACAUUUUGCAAAUCGGUUGGCUUGUUAGGAAUGCAGUUCCACCUCUUUGAAAAUGAAUAUUACCCCCAUGGCAUCACUUUGGUGACUCCAGUUUCAGGCUCUGAGAAGAAGCAGGUACUCCAUUUCUGUGCUCUGGGUGCAGAAGAAAUGCAGAAAUUUGUGGAAGACCUAAAAGAGUCAAUAGCAGAGGUGAUGGAGCUAGAACAGAUUCGCAUUGAAUGUAAGGCUCCCGGCGUGGUCCAGACUCCUUGCAUCCAUUCUGUCUGGGAGUUGGAAAAACAGCAUGGGGCAAAGCAUCUUUCCUUAAGGAGCAAUGGAGCCCAGAUGGAAACACAAUCCAAGCAAGGAUCUCCAACAGCCAAAAAAGAUUUGGGGGAGAAGGUCCCAGACAGCACAGUGGAGGUUUUAAUCAAUGCCUCCCCAGCCAGACUGACAAUUUUACCAAUUUCCAGAGAUACAAUAAAAAGUUACUGCUAGGACGGGUAAUACAACUUUCAAAUCCAGAUUAAACGUCAACGCAUUUUUUUCAAGCCGUUUCUAUAACUGUUAACACAUCCUUCAUGGAGCGAGCGCCCAAACGCUGGAGACUAACCUGCUCCGUCCUCAUCCCUCACCCAACACACUUUCAGGAGAAAUCAGAGACGCAGCUGAGAUGACCUCCCUUGAGAGACCUCCACCCCUUGCUAUGAUCUUUCCCUCACAGGGUCUUCUGCCUCAGACACUGUCAAGUCAGUUGGGGCCUAGAAUAUAUUCAUUAUUAUUCUUCGUGGAAAUGUAGGCCAAACAUUUUCCAGCUGAGGGAGUGGGGUUGAGGGACCUUUAUUCCUUCAGAGUAAGGACUCUGUUCUAGGAGUCCUUCUACACAUUCCACCUCCGCAGGUAAACUCAUCUGUGAGAAAUCUCCAGACUAUUUCAUUUGCCUGGACUUUGUCCCCAAGGCUCUCUCACCUGGCCAAUAACUGCUAUCCAUCUCUGCCUCUCUCUCCCUGCAGGUGUUAUUUCCCAAGGAAGCAGGUGCUGCAGCUUUCCACUAAUAUCCAUUUCCUCAAAGAACCUCCAUUUCUAGGCCGGCACCAGGCUCCAUAACCUUUCAGAUGCUUUUCUCAGUUAUUGCUGUUUGGGCCUCAGUUCUGUGAGGCCAUUUUCCCUAUAGCUUUUUAUCCCGUAGCCUGUCGAGCAAAUCCAUAGCUGAAGGUGUGCUCAUGAAAAUGUGCUUCACAGGAGCUACUCCUGCUAAUGGGGAAGAGGAAUAGAUGUUUCCAUGGCCUCAUACACACCUUUUGACUCACAGGCAUUUCUUUUCUAUGAAGGAAUUCUCACUUCAAGGAUGUAGAAUUCUUAGGACACAAAUAAGGACCCUUCACAAUUCUCUGUUCACGGGGGUGGAGGGGGGGUAUUCCCAAACCAAACUGACAUCCCUCAUAUCUGUCAUUUGAAAUACAUGGAAGAGGUCUUUUUCUUCCCAUUCCUAGUGCCUCACCCUCACUUCCCCAAUGUGCACCUCAGCACAUUUUCCUGUCUAGGACAUUUCUAAGGCUGUGUCUAUUGCCCUGAAGGGUCCUCCGUUCCAUCUUAGUUACUGUUUUGAGACAGAGAGUGGGAAACCCCAAACAAUUUAUCUGUGGAGAGACAUCAUCUUCCUCUCCUCUCCCUCCUCUUACUCCUCAGCAGAAGCGAGCAUCUCCAUUUUCUCUGAGAUUACCUGAUCUGCUGCCAUUUCAUCCAAUUUCUUUUCCCCCAUCAUUGUACAAGCUGGAUGGAUACUUUUUCUUCCUCUUUUCGGCGUGUGUUAAACCAUCUCCUUUCACUUGCAAAUCAUCAAGUGGAUCAGAACAAGUUGCAAGUUGGCUGAAUUAUGUCAGAUUUCUGCUUUUUGGUUUCUUUUCUUCUUUUGUAAACAGAUUGGUGAAUCAUGUGUGCACCUUCCUGCUCAAAAAGACAGGAGCUGGGAAGAGCUCGAGUCUUUUUUUGAGCGUUAGCAAAUUUCAUCUUUAUUUUUUCUUUGCAAAUAUGUGCAACCUCAAUUAUCCUUCCCUCUUUCUGCCCCGUUGGUCUGCAAAGGAUGCAGGAUCUCCUUGGAGCUCCAGUCAUGGAACAGAACUCCAUUGGAAAGGGAAAUGACAGAGCAUAUAGAGAGUCCUUUUCUCCAGUUGUUUUCAGUCACAAAGACUCCUGGGAGAGGGGGGCAAGGAUAUAAUAAAAGGAAGAAAAAUGAGCAGCCCAAAUUAUAAGACCAUUCGUAUUGACUUGAGAGGUAGUAUCUCAAGCUAUCAACUGCCUACAUCUCCUUAAGUUGAAAUCUCUCUCUCACACACCUGCUCUGAGUUCCACUAUCAGAUUGUAUCUGCUCAGUCUGGAUAGUUGAGGUUGUGCUGUAUGUGGAAACAGCAUCACCGCCUUUGCUAUAAUGGAGAUCUUUAUUUCUAGAAGGACGUUUCCGGUUAACAAUUGUGGGGUAGGGAAAAGACAGAUUGUGGGAAGAGAGAGGUGGGUUGGCGGGGUUGUGAGUCAAGAAUGUUUAGAAGAAGGAACACCGAUAUUUAAGGGUGGGUUGUGGCUUACUGGGGACAAGUGAUGGAUGGAGGAGGUGGGUUGAAGGGCGGCCAGCAGCAGUAGAUGGGAAGAAGUCUUGUAACAUUUAAUGCUUCUUUGGCUGUUUCUAAACUAGGUGUCAAUUCACAACAGGCUUCAAACGUACCAGCACAACUCCGUCCCGGGGCUCGAGAGUGGAAUGCAGCCCAGCACGCAUCCUAACAUGCCACGGGAGAGGCUGGAGACAGCAUUGGUGCCCUCUUACCCUGC